AUGGAUAGAAUUCAAGCCCGCUUUAGAUUACAACAAAUCAGUAGAGAAAGAGAGAAGAAGAUAUUGGAGUUUCUAAUUGAUAAAGAAUCUAAUUUUGCUGUAAAGCAGCAUCAUUUGGCUCAAUUGGAAAAAGCUAAGUUUGAGAUUGCCAGGAUUGAUUAUCUGAUGAGCUCACUUGAAGAUGAUGUUUUAUUAUACUAUGGAGAUAUUAGUAACAGUGAAAGUGAUUUCUCAUCUGACAGUUUAUUUUAA